GGCAACACAAAAUAAGAAUAACAUAUGAGGUGGCAACUGCUAAUCCAAAUAGUUUUGAUUUGUAAUUGGUUUCCCUUUGUAUAAUUUUUCUAUUUCUGUUGUUAUUAUAUUAUAAAUUCACUGUUAAAAGUAGCAAAUCAUGCCGAAGAAUAAGGGAAAGGGAGGAAAGAAUAGAAGGCGGGGAAAGAAUGAAAAUGAAACUGAAAAACGUGAGUUGGUAUUUAGGGAAGAUGGUCAAGUAUAUGCUCAGGUUGUGAAAAUGUUGGGAAAUGGAAGAUUGGAGGCUAUGUGUUUUGAUGGUGUCAAACGAUUGUGCCACAUAAGAGGAAAGCUGCGUAAAAAGGUUUGGAUUAAUCAAGGUGAUAUAAUUCUUCUUGGAUUAAGAGACUUUCAAGAUUCAAAAGGAGAUGUUAUACUGAAAUACAAUCCUGAUGAAGCUCGUAAUUUAAAAGCAUAUGGAGAACUUCCUGAGCAUGCUAAAAUAAAUGAUACUGUUACAUUUGGUGAAGAAGAGGAAGAUGACAACAUUAUUGAGUUUGAUGAAGUUGGUGGUGAAGAUGAUAUUGAAAAUAUCUAAAGAUUGGUUGAGAACUGCUGAUUGUCUUCCCAGCAUUGGUGCCAUUUGUUGGAAAUUUUUCUUACAGUUUUGCUAGCUUGGUACAUCCAGUCAGCUGACUUAAUUAGCUUGUUGUGUAAUAUGUAAAUAUUUAUUUAUAAAUUGCAGUUCAUUUCUUUGUAAAAAAGACUUUUAAUGCUGUUACAAUAAAGAUUUCAGAGUUUGUUGUUUAA